CCGGCCUGGGCGCCCGUCCCCCUGACCCCAGGGUCUGAGUCGCCGCUGCCACCAUCCGCGAGGCAGGCAAGGGGAGGAGGAGGAGGAGUUGCGGCGCGGCGGCCCCGGGGCCGAGGAGGAACCCAGACAUGGAGCUGCGGGAAGAGGCCUGGUCUCCGGGGCCGCUGGAUUCUGAGGACCAGCAGAUGGCCAGUCACGAGAACCCAGGAACCCCAUGACUUUCUCUCGCAUGCAGCUCUUGAGACCAGGGUGGCCACCCACACUCAGAGGCCAGGAAGUGACGAUGGACAUCCUCAUCAUGGAUGACGAUGACGUCCCCAGCUGGCCCCCGACCAAGCUGUCCCCGCCCCAGUCUGCGCCCCCUCCCGGGCCGCCGCCCCGGCCACGGCCUCCUGCGCCCUACAUUUGCAACGAGUGCGGCAAGAGCUUCAGCCACUGGUCGAAGCUGACGCGGCACCAGCGCACGCACACGGGCGAGCGGCCCAACGCCUGCAGCGACUGCGGCAAGACCUUCUCGCAGAGCUCGCACCUGGUGCAGCACCGGCGCAUCCACACAGGCGAGAAGCCCUACGCCUGCUCCGAGUGCGGCAAGCGCUUCAGCUGGAGCUCCAACCUCAUGCAGCACCAGCGCAUCCACACGGGCGAGAAGCCCUACAGCUGCCCCGACUGCGGCCGCAGCUUUACGCAGAGCAAGAGCCUGGCCAAACAUCGGCGCUCGCACAGCGGCCUCAAGCCCUUCGUGUGCCCGCGCUGCGGCCGCGGCUUCAGCCAGCCCAAGAGCCUGGCGCGCCACCUGCGGCUGCACCCCGAGCUGUCGGGGCCCGGCGUGGCGGCCAAGGUGCUGGCGGCCAGCGUGCGCCGCGCCAAGGCACCCGAGGAGGCGGCGGCGGCGGACGGCGAGAUCGCCAUCCCGGUGGGCGACGGCGAGGGCAUCAUCGUGGUGGGCGCGCCGGGGGACGGUGCCGCGGCGGCGGCGGCCCUGGCCAACACCGGGGCGAGGGCGGCGGGGCCGCGGUCGAGGCGCGCCCCGGCGCCCAAGCCGUAUGUGUGCAUGGAGUGCGGGAAGGGCUUCGGGCACGGGGCCGGGCUGCUGGCUCACCAGCGGGCGCAGCACGGGGACGGGCUGGGGGUGGCGGGCGGCGAGGAGCCCGCGCACAUCUGCGUGGAAUGCGGCGAGGGCUUCGUGCAGGGCGCCGCGCUGCGGAGACACAAGAAGAUCCACGCCGUGGGGGCGCCCGCGGUCUGCAGCGGCUGCGGACAGAGCUUCUACCGCGCCGGCGACGACGGCGACGGGGACGGGGACGAGGCCGGCGGGCGCUGCGCCGAGUGCCGCGGCGGGGAGGCCCGGUAG